AUGGUGUUUUUUGUAUGCGAAGGCUGCAACGAGACACUGAAGAAAAAUAAAGUUGACGCACAUGCAGGUCGAUGUCGUAAUUGUUGGGCUGUGAGCUGUGUAGAUUGCAGCAUCGUAUUCGAAGGCAACGACUAUGCAGCACAUACGAGCUGCAUAUCAGAGGCCGAGAAGUAUGAGAAAACUCUCUAUCAGGGCGAUAAGAACAAAAAAAGUAGUGGAAAGAAGAAGACGCCACAAGAGCGUUGGAUGGAUGUCGUUCAAUCGGCUACUUGCCCCGAAGACCGCAAGGUUCAGGAUGUGCUCACUCGCAUCGCUGGAUACGACAACGUACCCCGCAAAAAGAAUAAGUUUGUCAAUUUUGUUUCUAACAGCUUGGCGAUGCGGGAUACGACACUUGUUGAAAAGGCCUGGAUCAUUUACGAGACGGCUUUUAAAAAGGCUGCAGUAGUAGCGGACGAUGGUACGACAGUUGGUGCCGAGGAGGCUGUUAACAAGAAAAGACCAUCUGAAGAUACAGUAGAGGAGACUAUAAACAAGAAGAGUAAGACCAAGGUCAAGACUUUCAAGUGGAAGAAGUUAAUCAAAUCAGCGCUUAAGGUGGCUAGCAAGGAGAUGGAGAUGCAUGCGCUGCGUGAUCGACUGAUUGAACAGAUUCAAAAGCAAAAGCUGUCAUCCAAGAGUGUCAAAGAACUUCGAAAGGAGUUUAAGAUUGCGAUUAAGGAGAGUGAUAAGUUCGUUGUGGUCGAGACCGUACGCUUAAAGUGA